AUGGUGAAAGAGAAAUUGAAGGAGCAUUAUGGUAGGGAAGCCACAUGGGAAAAAGAAGAUGAGAUGCGACAACAUUACCCACUUCUAUUUCCAACGGAAGUUCCAAUGAAGGGCCAGCCGAGAUUUGGCAAAAAGGGAAAGUUGUCACCCCAUUACAUUGGGCUAUUCCAAAUUCUGGAGAAACUUGGCCCAGUUGCCUAUAGAGUUGCUUUACCACAGGAUAUGGAACAAAUGCAUAACGUGUUCCAUGUAUCGAUGUUGAGGGGUUAUCUCCGAGAUCCGUUUCAUGUCAUUAAUCACCACCGGAUAGCUCUUGACGAGAAUAUGGAAUAUGAAGAAUGGCCAGAACAAAUCAUUGACCGAAAAGUAAAACAACUGAGAAACAAAUCCAUUCCAAUGGUGAAAGAGAAAUUGAAGGAGCAUUAUGGAAGGGAAGCCACAUGGGAAAAAAAAGAUGAGAUGUGA